UAAAAUGUCAAUCAGAAGCAUCGAACCGGCUCACUUCAACUCGUGCUUCAAGAACGGGCUGCGGACAUGGUAGAGAACGCCAUGACACGGGACAGCGAAAUACCGGCCAUCUUCAACCCGAAACGUGUGCGUGCCCCGUCAGUUGUGGUGACAGGAGACUCCCCGAAUGGACCGUUUGGCGGUUUCACGAACAACGUGCCCCAGAUCACGCACUCGGACUCGGUGACCUCGAGCCAGCACGAUGGCCAGGACAGUCUGAUCGGCGUGUCGGUAACCGGCGGAACCCAUGGCGGCUGCGACACGCCAACCUCCCAACCGCACGCCCUCCUCGGGGGCUUAGGCGGUGGCUGCAUCGGUGGCUCAGGCCCCCCGAACGCCGGCACGUCGUCCGCCUCGACCACGUCCACCCCGAAGCUGAAGGCUUGCCGGGACUCGUGCUGCUCCGAGCUGGCGCAGAAGAUGUACUUCGGCGUGUGCGUGACGGUCCUGGUGACGGCGUCCUGGGUCGGCGCCACGCACUGCAUCAAGUUCCUGUACCUCCGGCGGAACACCUACGCUUCCACGCUGCCCCCGCAUCUGACCGCGUUCAUCACCGCCGACGGCACGCCUUCGGACCCGGGGCCGCCGGGAGGCGUGGGGCCUCCCACCCUCCUCGACCAGAACUCCACCUCGGCGAUGAUCGUGCACGGGUUCGGACCGACGUCCUCGUUUCUGCCGCCCUCGACCGUGAAGCCGAUCGCCACCUCCGAUCGCGUGCAACCCCCACCCCCGCUCGCCCAGCACGUCUUCAACGCGCCCUUCUUCGCGUCCUGGUUCUGCACCAACUUCGCGAUCCUGUUUUUUCCCAUCUACAUCCUCGGCCGCGUCGCGAUCAAAAGGUGCGACGGCACCGGCGAAGUGCUGGGCGAGAUCCUCCGCGGGUUUCGGGACCGGGGCUUCACCAUCGGACGCUUCCUUAAUCGCUGCCUCACGUUCUGCAUCCUGUGGCUGCUCACCACCUAUCUGUACGCGCUCUCGCUCAAGGCCCUGCUGGCGACGGACGUGAUGGCCCUGUUCGCGACCAAUGUGGCCUGUGUGUAUCUCCUUGCGUGGGUCAUUCUGCAGGAGCAGUUCGUUGGCGUGCGGAUCGUAGCCGUCAUCCUGUGCGACACCGGAAUUGCGCUGCUAGCGUACAUGGACGGAAUUACGGGUAGCCCGACGCUGGGCGGGGUGGUGCUGGCGGCGCUGGCGGCCGCCGGGUACGCCGUGUUCAAGGUGAUGUUCCGCAAGGUGAUGGGCGAUCCGCCGGUCGGCCAGAUUGCGUUCACGUUCUCGAUAAUCGGCUUCCUGAACGCCGCCAUUCUGUGGCCCGUCUGCAUAGCCCUGUACUUCACCGGCACGGAGAUAAUGCCCUGGGAAACCCUUCCCUGGGUGGUGCUGCUGAUGGCCAGUGUGCUGUUGCUUGUGUUCCACAUCCUUACCCAGUUCAGCAGUGCCGUAACGUACAACAUGUUCGUCACCCUUGGGCUCAUAACGGCGGUGCCCGUUUCGGCCGCUCUGGACAUCGUGCUGUACGGUGCCCACUUUGCCGGCAUGAAGCUGGCAGGUAUCAUAUUGAUAGCUGUCGGUUUCUUCCUCGUAAUGUUUCCGGAAAAUUGGCCCGACUACAUCACCCGUUUGCUGCGAAAAACUGGUCGCGCAUUACUAAGAAACCAAUGUUGUUGUGAUACCGCUGAAAAUGAUUACGAAAAUUCGAAAUAUCAUCUUGUUGGGUCACAACGCGAGGUGGGGUCGUCAUCCUCGAAGCGGAACUCCAUCGCAGCAUCGCGACGUCAUCGACUAUCGGACGGGUUACAUUCGAUCGCAUCUUCGCUCUCCCUCUGGCCGGGUGAGAUGACCGACCAGCAGCAGCAACAGCUACAGCAGCAGCAACCGCACCAGCACAGCCUGCAACACUUUCAGCAUAUCCUUCGCAACGAUAGUGGCAGCGACUUUCUGAAUCUCAACCCGCACGCCAAACUGCGUCACUACUCGCUCACCGAAAUGACCACCAACUUCAUCCGCAAGCCCGGCUCGGUCGGACUCGGCCUCGGUGCGGGCCUCUCGGGAACCGGUGGCAACCUGAACUCGCUGGCGGCCACCACAUCAUCCGAUCACCGGUAUCCAUCGAUGAACGGCCGUAGCAGCUCGUACGGGUCGUUGGAGUAAACUCCACAGAUAAUCUGCAUGCUAGAGCAUUACGGUGGCUAGCAUGCGUGUACGCUAAGAGACAAUCUCAGUAGUUGCUUCGGUAUUGAUUUUACUGCUGUACGCUAACUAACGACUCCAUGCCUUGACGGGACAGACCAGGCAGUCCCCCGGAAGAACCGCAGAAAUGUUAAACGUAGGGCGACUGGCAACCUAAAUUACACCUUACUUCCGGUAACUCGUAACAUGCUCUGUUCUCCUGUUACAUCCGUAUAAUAUUGACGCAAAACUCUAGCGCUCCCGCUCCGCAAUCCACCAUAAAUGGCAUCCGAGAUGUCUUUGUCGAAACAUUAAAGGAUAAUUUCAAAUUAUCAUUCAAUACCAUGCUGCGGCUCAGUCACAAGACGAUACUUAGUGUCGGAAGUUAGUAAAACGGACAGUUAGACGCACCAUAACAGCAAUCACAUGUAAAACAGAAUAAAGAACGCCGCACUGAUCCUUUCGCAGCGUCAUUUCUAUCGAUAUCCACGGAUCCAUCCACGUGAGCAAACCGUGCUCCUGAAUCACGAACCGAUUUCUACGGUACCAUCGCAGCCCCCGAGAAAAUGGCACCUUCUUCUCCAGUCUGGAUGCUUCCUCUCAAUUUCGAGUUCAGCCACACGUUCUCUCCCGAAUCUAAGCAAAUGAAACAAAUGAUGAGUAGUAAACAUUUAACACGGCUGAGCGGCAGUCUGGUCCCUCACUUCUGAAGCUUUCCCGAGGGUUAGGAUAAAUAACUACACUUUUUUACAACAUUCACAUGUAGUUUAGGACUCUAUCACAAACGUUACGAAGUGUAGAUGUAUUCACCGGUGAUAGACCCGAUUUGUUGAUAUUUGUACGUAGAAUAGCUGUUGCUUUUGUGUUGUGAAAAUUACAGCUCCGAUCCCUGUAAGCAGGACAGAUACUUUUAACGAUAGUCUUCUACUGUUAGCUCUGUGGUGUACGGUUGAAUUGAACAAGCGGUAAAACAGUGAAAAAGCAAUCAUUUUUCUUUUAAUUCCGCAAUCGAUGGUUACGGAGCAUUUUUAAUGAAACAAGCAAUCGUUCAUUCCUUUUCAAGGAGGACUAGCGAAGGUGCAAAAUUGCGACUAUUUUCCGCUAUAUGUUUAAGUUUGAAUAGUAAAUAUUCGUUUCGAUUGUUCAGUUCAGUACCGUCAAAUAUAAUAUCGGUUUUAAGAAACCAGUGACACAAGGAAACGAAAUGAAACAACGAAUCAAUGCUGUAGUAAUGCGGCGGACCAUCAGAUUCGUACGCAUUCGAAUACUAACUUUCAAACGUGAAACGAUUAU